CUCGCAUCCUUGGAAGCAACAAUUAAGCAGCUCCGGGAUAAAACACACUGCCUGCGGGAGCACGGGGGCAUUGCUUCAAGAGAUGGCAAGGCAGGCAGCUGCACCCCUCCUUCCCGGAGUCCUCCUCCUCUUCUCCAUCCUCCCGGCUUCUCAGCAAGGAGGGGUCCCUGGUGCUAUCCCGGGAGGGGGAGUCCCAGGAGCAGGCUUUUUCCCAGGUGCUGGAGUUGGAGGUUUGGGAGCAGGACUCGGGGCUGCAGCAAAACCUCUCAAACCAGGGGUCGGAGGACUUGGGGGACUCGGUCCACUUGGCCUGCAGCCAGGUGCUGGGGGUCUCUUCCCCGGAGGCGCCUUCCCCGGGGGCGUCUUCCCCGGUGGUGCUCCCUCAGCCGCCGCGCUCAAGGCUGCUGCGAAAGCUGGUGCUGGCAUUGGUGGCGUGCCAGGAGUCGGUGUUCCUGGCCUGGGGGUCUCCACAGGUGCGGUGGUACCGGGCGCGGUGCAGCCCGGGGUGGGCGCGGCAGCGAAACCCCCCAAAGUACCAGGCGCUGGGAUUCCUGGAGCUUUCCCGGGCGGCGUGCUCCCCGGCGCAGGUGUCCGCUUCCCAGGCGUAGGGGUACUGCCCGGGGUACCCACUGGUGCUGGAGUCAAGCCGAAAGGUCCAGGAGCAGGAGCCUUCGCAGGAAUCCCCGGACUGGGAGGUUUUGGAGGUCAGCAGCCCGGUGUCCCUCUGGGGUAUCCCAUCAAAGCUCCUAAGCUCCCAGGUGGCUAUGGAUUGCCCUACAGCACUGGUAAGCUGCCCUACGGCUUCGGGCCCGGCGGGAUCGGAGCCGGCAUCGGGGCAGGAAAGGCAGGGUACCCCACCGGGACAGGAGUCGGAGCGCAGGCGGCAGCGGCAAAAGCAGCAGCAAAAUAUGGAGCUGGUGUCCUGCCCGGGGCUGGUGCCAUCCCAGGGGUCGGGGGAGUGGUGCCCGGUGUCGGCGUUGUCCCAGGAGUCGGAGUCGGAGGGCCGGCAGCAGCGGCGGCAGCGGCGAAGGCAGCGGCGAAGGCAGGAGCUUUCGCUCCAGGAGCGGUGCCCGGGGUUGGCGGUGUCCCAGGCCUCGUGCCCGGCGUUGGUGGUGUCCCCGGCUUGGUGCCCGGUGUCGGCGGUGUCCCCGGGGUAGCAGGAGUCGGGGCGCCGGCAGCAGCAAAGGCAGCAGCAAAGGCAGCUAAAUACGGAGCUGGCGUUCCUGGCAUUGCUGGCGUUCCCGGUGUUCCUGGUGUUCCUGGCGUUCCUGGCGUUCCUGGCGUCCCUGGUGUCCCUGGUGUUCCUGGUGUCCCUGGCGUGCCCGGUGUGCCCGGUGUGGCUGGGGUUCCUGGUGUGGUGCCCGGUGUCGGAGUGGGUGUCCCAGACGCCGCGGCGGCCGCGGCAAAGGCUGCAGCGAAAGCAGCAGCAUUCGGAGCAGGACGUGUGCCCGGCGUCGGCGUGCCUGGUGUCGGCGUGCCCGGAGUCGGCGUGCCCGGAGUCGGUGUGCCCGGAGUUGGUGUGCCCGGUGUUGGUGUGCCUGGAGUUGGUGUGCCCGGAGUCGGCGUGCCCGGAGUUGGUGUGCCCGGUGUUGGUGUGCCUGGAGUCGGCGUGCCUGGAGUCGGCGUGCCCGGUCUGGUGCCCGGCGGUGUACCAGGAGCUCCAGCGGCCGCCGCUGCUGCCAAAGCAGCCGCCAAAGCAGCCAAGUACGGAGUAGGUGGCCUGGCUCCUGGUGUAGGUGGUCUAGCUCCUGGUGUGGGUGGCCUUGCUCCUGGCGUAGGUGGCUUGGCUCCUGGAGUGGGUGCCCUGGCUCCUGGAGUGGGUGCCCUGGCCCCUGGUGUUGGAGGUGUCCCAGGGGUUGGAGCUCCAGCCGCAGCAGCAAAAGCAGCAGCGAAGGCAGCCAAAUUUGGUGCUGGGGUCGGAGUGCCAGGCGCGGUGCCCGGCGCGGUGCCCGGCGUUGCGGGAGUGCCAGGAGUGACACCCGGUGUCGGCGUGGUGCCCGGGGUGGUGCCGGGCGUGGGGGUACCCGGUACUGGCAUCCUUCCUGGAGCAGGCAUCCCCCAAGUAGGGGUGCAACCUGGUGCUAAACCUCCCAAAUUUGCAGGUGUUCCCGGGGUUGGAGUCCCAGGGGUUGGUGGUAUCCCAGGUGGCCUUGGAGUUGGUGGCCUUGGAGUCGGUGGCCUUGGAGUUGGUGGGCUCGGUGCUGGACUCUUAUAUCCAGGAGCUGCUGGGAAACCUCCCAAGCCAGGUUUUGGUGUUGGGGGGCUGCAGCCAGGGGCUGGAGUUCCCGGUUUUGGCGUGUCACCCAUAUUUCCAGGUGGGGUCGCCGGGCAGCUGGGAUUCGCUGGGAAGCCCCCCAAGACCUUCGGAGGAGCCCUCGGUGCCCUGGGCUUCAGAGGCGGCGUGGGCUGCGCACAAGGGAAGUACUGCGGGAGGAAGCGGAAGUAACCGCCCGCCGUCACUGAUGACCUCAUGAACUUUGGUGCUACUGCAUGGUCCAGAAUGUAAAACCCGAGCAAAGCUGAGACAAGCCCUCCCCCUCUCCCCAAAAACUCCGGACCCCCUCUCCUUCCUCCCCCCUUCUUCUACUUCUUCUUCUUCUUCGUGCCGGGGCCGUCCCCCGGCCCCACGUUCCCAGGAGGGACCCCAACGCCUCCGGCAGCGCCUGUCCCCGGCCAAGCCCCCCGUCCCGGCAGGGAGCGCGGAAUAAACUGCGGGGAGCAGCCAUCCCCCUUGGUGCUAUCGCUCCCUGCGGGACCUGGGAGGGGGUGGGGGGGGUCUUGGGGUGUCACCCCCCCGCCCCAGCCCCAGAGCUGACUCCACGGAGGCGGGGAGGGAGGGAUGAGGGGCACCUCACAUUGGAGGGAGGGAGGGAAGAGGGUCCCGGUGGCUGGGGGGCUGCGUGGGGGGGGAUGUCCCCGUCGCCUUGGGGCCCCCAUCCAGUCCCCGCGCUCCCCCCGGCCCGGAGGGGGCCAUGGGCGGGAGGGGCUCGGUCCCUUCAUGUUACUCACUUUGCUAUAACGGGGUGGGACGCCCUAUACAGAGGGACUCGCUUCCGACAGACUAAUAAAGGACAAGUUUUUAAAGGA